AUGAUCAAUGGGUGGUCAUCGCAGAGCUUAACGUUGACAAUUGUACUCCAUGGCAUCGACUUCUUCGUCCUUGGAGCUGCGCAAAGCUUUGUCAAAAUCGAUGAAUUGCUGGCUGCCACAGGCCGCAAACUCAGCGCUAAAGCCUCGUCAAGUUUGCAAAAGCUUUUGUUCCAGGUGAAAGAGAUCUUGCAUAAUAUGCAGGAUCAUCAGGUUACGCAGGACGCAUUGCAGGCUCGUGGUCUAUUAAUUCGCAAUCACGUGAAGCGCAAAGAGAUCGUCCUGCCCUUUCAACGUCCUAGUCGUUUGGACGUUGUGGGCAGCUACAUCCUACAGACAAUGGCUUAUUCGACUAAGAAUAGUAGUGUCAACUAUGGUGUUUUGACCGUCGACAUAGCGGCUGAAAUGCCCUCAGCCUGCUUUUUACCAAAAGACUUCGGAAAUUUUCGGUACUUUGACAAACGGAACUUGUACCUUGGGGUCCUAAUGUCAGAGUUGAAAAGUCAUCAAGAGUUAUUUCAGGACGUGAUGCUACAGACAUGGCAUGGUGAGUAUGAAAAACCUGUAGCCAUGGUAAAGAUCAAUCCUGAGUAUUUGCGUGAGAGUAGCUUAAAAGGGAUUCAAGUAUGUUUGCGGAUCAUUCCGGUGGUCACGACGGAUUUGUUCAAGUUGGCCAAGUUGGCUCCGUCAAGGAAUAAUAUCAAGCAUGAACCGAAUAUGACGGAACAGGAGAUGAAAGAAUGCAGUACGCCAAUAUACAAUAACUCGAUUCUAGAAGACAUGUUGGUGCGACAACACACGCGAGAGCUGCAUGCAGUACUGAAGGAGGCCCCACAGUUUGGUGAAGCGUGCAUUUUGUCCAAAGUAUGGCUGAAACAGAGAGGCUUUCAUAAAGCCAUGGACUCGAUUAACGGCUUUUUAGUAUCGAUGCUAUUGCUCUAUCUGUAUCGUAUUAAGCGGAUCAGUGCACAGACGCCGUCGGACCAAAUGUUUAAGGUCCUGAUGCAGUAUAUUGCUAUGCACACGCUCGAAAACGAUCCCUUGCAGUUUCCACCGACUGAGGAUGGCGUGGUGCUUACGAAUGAAGGGAUGCAGAUAUUCCGCAAGUCAUACGAUCUAGUAUUCUUGGACUCGUCUGGUCGUUUGAACUUGUUUGGUCGUGUGACGCGGAGUGCAUGGAAGGAAAUCCAGAAUGCUGCUAUAGAGUCGGUGACGCUAGUGCAACGCUGCACGAUGGAUGACUUUCGAUCGCUCUUCAUCAAGAAAAAUGAGUUUUGGACGCGAUACGAUCAGUACUAUUGGUUUCCUGCACCUGCCUCUGUGGACACCGCUAAUGCAGAAACGUACACGGUAGAGGAGAAGCGCAUUAUUAAUGAUAUGGGAAUUUAUCAGUUCUGGUUGCGCAAGCUUGAAUCAGUGCUGUCGAAAGCGUUGACGGAUCGUGUGAGUCAUGUUCGUCCCAUUACUGAGGAAAGUGUCGCGUGGGGCAUGCAAGAUGACUCACUCCCGACGCAGCGCAAGGUGGCAGUUGGAUUACGAAUAAACUCAGAAAACGCGUGGAGAAUCGUUGAGAAGGGUCCAUCGGUGGACGACAAGGUCGCUAGCACUCAAUUCCGUCAGUUUUGGCGUGGCAAGUCGGAAUUGCGUCGGUUUAAAGAUGGUGCCAUCAUUGAAGCGGUCGUGUGGGAAGGUUUUAGCAGCGAAAACCGUCACCGGGUGCUAGACGCUAUUGUGAACUUCAUUGUACCUGCGCACUGCUCCCAGGUCGCUUCGCCGCAGAUUAAAACUUCUAGCGCUGCGUUGUACUCGGCACUUGACGUUAAGGAGCCGGAAGGAUCGAAAACGUUGAGUGUCUCCAAUGCGCAGUUUGAAUCUACAAUGAAUUCGGUGUCGAAGCUAUGGGCCGUUUUCAACAACUUUGUAAAGACGUUGCGUGACUUGGACUCGCUGCCGCUGAAGGUAUCGGACGUACUUCCGGUGCACCCUGCUUUCCGCUACACAAGUUUGUUCCCCGUUCAGCCUCACCCACUGGCGUACUCCAAGGGUGAGAAGAUCGAUGCUGCGCCGAUGGCUCAUGUGAAUACUGUGUUGGAGCCUUUAGUACUGCACGUUCGGUUUGAGCGCUCAUCGGCUUGGCCGAACGAGAAGAAGGCCUUACUGCAUGCGAAAACUGGCUUUUACGUGCACAUUGGUCACGAACUUCAGUCUCGCCUCAAUAUCCGUUGUGAAGUAGCCAAGGACUGUGUGGAUGUUUUCAUCAGCGGCUACGUUUUUCGGCUGAUUAUUCGCAGUGAAAAAGAGCUGAGUGUCGUAACUGGUGCUGCUGGUGUGAAGAAGCUUGCUCUUGUACACUCACCCGAAUAUGUGACAGUUAAGCGUGAGGCUGAUUACCUGUCGAAGCACGCAAGCACAGUACAUGCACUGCACACGAAGAACACAUCGUACGGCCCUACGGUUCGGCUUGUCCAGCGGUGGUUGGCCGACAAGUCACUAAGCAAUAUGCUGCCCAUCGAAGCAGUUGAGCUCAUUGUCGCCGACAUAUUCCUGACUUCUACAUCCACGUCGAUUCCUCACUCGGUUUUUUCCAGCUUCAUCCGAUUUUUAGAGCGAGUUGCGAGCUUCGACUGGCAAAACAUGCCAUUCAUUGUUGAUUUGAAUAGCUCCUUAGACGAUGACAAGCGUCGUGAAAUCACGAAGCGAUUUGAAGCGUCCACUUCAAGUCCGCUUGUUCAUCCCGCAAUGUUCAUAGCCGUGGAUUACGAGGACAUGGACUGCUUGUCGAGUUGGACACGGUUUGCUCCGGAUAAGGUGGUGGUGCAGCGCUUAGUUUGUCUAGCUCAGGUGUCGUAUAGCAUUUUGGUAUGUUGGUUAGUUUCAGGAGCGUCGUCCUCUGGCUGGAAGACAGCCUUCUCCUCGUCAAGAAUCGAAUUCGACGCCAUGUUACAGCUUGCGACAGAGAAUCUUCCGACUAAAAAGAUUCGUGUCGAUGGUGACAAGAAGCAUCCUUUUGUGGCACCGGUGUACAAGAAUAUGGACCUUACCGCAGUUCCGGUCAUGGUCGGGUUUGACCCAGUGCGUGAAUUACUGCAGGAUCUUCAGCGGAUGUUCGGCCACCUUGCUUUCUUCUUCGUAAACAGUGUGGAAACGAAAGAGAUCCUGGUCACGUGGAAACCACAGGCUUUCCUGCCUGCCAAGUUCCGCGCCAUUGCCGCUAACUAUCAGAUCCCACUACCUAAUGACGAUACAGCUGAGGACGAAGAGUUGACUUGCUGCUAUGCAGUACCAAAUAUUUUUGAGAUUCUGUCGGACAUGCAGAGCCUUAGCCAUGGCAUGGUCAUUGGUGUUGCACUGCAGCCUUUUGAAAGCUCAUAA